UUUUGCUUCACACUAUAUCAGUAUAUCAUUCACUCUCUUCAUUCAUCUUCACUCCCGAAACCUAAAAGGCUAAAACCCUAUUCAACAUUUUUUUCUUCUUCUUUUUCCCUCUCAAUAUCGCAUCUUAAUAUUAGAUUCAUAAGGGUUUCAUCUUUCAACAAUGGCGCAUCUCGGCGGUGGCGCUGAAGCGCACGCACGGUUCAAACAGUACGAAUACAGAGCAAAUUCCAGUCUAGUUCUAACCACCGAUUCUCGUCCACGUGACACUCACGAACCCACUGGAGAACCAGAAUCACUUUGGGGAAGAAUCGAUCCAAAAAACUUCGGCGACCGUGUUGCUCACGACCGUCCACCGGAACUCAACGAUAAAAUCAACGCAGCGAAGAAAAAGAAGAAGGAAAGGGAACGAGAUCCGAUUGAUUCUGUUUCGACGAGACGUAGUAAGCGCCGUCGUCUUCAGGAAGAGAGUGUUUUAACUGCUACUGAUGAUGGUGUUUAUCAGCCGAAGACGAAGGAGACUCGUGCUGCUUAUGAAGCUAUGUUGAGUGUUAUUCAACAGCAACUUGGUGGUCAGCCGUUAAGUAUUGUUAGUGGCGCCGCGGAUGAGAUUCUUGCUGUUUUGAAGAAUGAUACUGUUAAGAAUCCUGAAAAGAAGAAGGAUAUUGAGAAGCUUUUGAAUCCGAUUCCUGGUCCUGUGUUUGACCAGCUUGUUUCAAUUGGGAAGUUGAUAACUGAUUUUCAGGAGGUUGGGGAGGCUGUUAAUGGGUCUGGUGGUGGUGAUGUGGAUGGUGGUCUUGACGAUGAUGUUGGUGUUGCGGUUGAGUUUGAAGAGAAUGAAGACGAUGAGGAUGAGGAUAGUGAUCUUGAUGUUGUGCAGGAGGAUGAAGAGGAGGAGGAUGAUAUUGCUGAAGCUAAUGGUUCUGGUGGUAUGCAAAUGGGUGGUAUUGAUGAUGAGGAUAUGGAGGAUGCUAAUGAAGGGAUGAAUUUGAAUGUGCAGGAUAUUGAUGCUUAUUGGUUACAGAGGAAAAUUUCUCAUUCUUUUGAGCAGCAGAUUGAUCCGCAGCAAUGUCAGAAGCUUGCUGGGGAAGUGUUGAAUAUUUUGGCUGAGCCUGAUGAUAGGGAAGUUGAGAACAAGCUUUUGUUUCAUUUGGAGUUUGACAAGUUUAAGCUUAUUAAGUUUUUGUUGCGAAAUAGGCUGAAGAUUGUGUGGUGUACUCGUUUGGCGAGGGCACAAGAUCAGGAGGAGAGGGAGAAGAUUGAGGAAGAGAUGAAGGGUUCUGAUUUGUUGCAGCCGAUUUUGGAGCAGUUGCAUGCUACUAGGGCAUCUGCUAAAGAGAGACAGAAGAACUUGGAGAAGAGUAUAAGAGAAGAGGCUAGAAGGUUGAAAGAUGAUACUGUUGGAGAUGGAGACAAGGAGAGAGAUAGGGAUAGGGACAGAAGCAGGAGGGGAGUCGAUAGAGAUGGCGAGAGUGGCUGGUUGAAGGGGCAACGUCAGAUGCUUGAUUUAGAUAACCUUGCUUUUGAACAAGGUGGUUUGUUUAUGGCGAAGAAAAAAUGUGAUCUUCCUGAUGGGUCUUAUAGGCAUCUUAGAAAAGGUUAUGAAGAAAUUCAUGUUCCAGCAUUGAAAGCUAAACCCCUUGAUCCUAAUGAGAAGCUUGUGAAGAUUUCUGCUAUGCCUCCUUGGGCACAACCAGCUUUCAAAGGAAUGACACAAUUGAAUAGAGUGCAGAGCAAAGUUUAUGAAACUGCUCUCUCAAAGCCAGAUAAUCUUUUGCUUUGUGCUCCAACUGGUGCUGGAAAAACCAACGUUGCUGUUCUUACUAUCCUUCAGCAAAUUGAGCAACACAGGAACCCCGAUGAUGGUUCUAUUGACCACAGUGCAUAUAAAAUUGUUUAUGUUGCACCAAUGAAAGCUCUUGUGGCUGAGGUUGUUGGGAAUCUGUCUAACCGGUUGCAGGAAUAUAAUGUUAAGGUUAGGGAGCUCAGUGGAGAUCAGUCACUAACAAGGCAGCAGAUAGAAGAGACUCAAAUUAUUGUUACAACUCCCGAGAAGUGGGAUAUUAUCACAAGGAAGUCGGGAGACCGAACUUAUACACAGCUUGUGAAGCUUCUUAUUAUUGAUGAAAUUCAUCUCCUUCAUGAUAACAGAGGCCCCGUUCUUGAGAGUAUUGUUGCUAGAACACUUAGGCAGAUUGAAACAACGAAAGAAUUUAUUCGUUUGGUGGGAUUGUCGGCUACUCUCCCUAACUAUGAAGAUGUGGCACUAUUCUUGCGUGUCAAUCCGGACAAGGGGUUGUUUUAUUUCGAUAACAGUUACAGACCUGUGCCUCUUUCUCAACAAUAUGUGGGAAUCACAGUAAAGAAGCCUCUUCAAAGGUUCCAAUUGAUGAACGACAUCUGUUAUGAAAAAGUUAUGGGUGUAGCUGGUAAGCAUCAGGUUCUUAUCUUUGUACAUUCAAGGAAAGAAACUGCUAAAACUGCUAGAGCCAUCAGAGAUGCCGCACUUGCAAAUGAUACUCUUGGUAGAUUCCUUAAAGAAGAUAGUGCAAGCCGUGAGAUUCUUCAGACUCAUACUGAUCUUGUGAAGAGUAGUGACCUUAAAGAUCUUCUGCCGUAUGGUUUUGCUAUUCAUCAUGCUGGUAUGACAAGGACUGAUCGUCAACUUGUUGAGGAUCUGUUUGCUGAUGGACAUGCUCAAGUUUUGGUAUCUACUGCUACCCUUGCCUGGGGUGUGAAUCUCCCAGCCCAUACAGUUAUUAUCAAAGGGACACAGAUUUACAACCCUGAAAAGGGGGCCUGGACUGAACUGAGUCCUCUUGAUGUCAUGCAGAUGUUGGGUCGUGCCGGAAGGCCCCAAUAUGACUCUUAUGGUGAGGGAAUAAUUGUUACUGGACACAGUGAGCUGCAGUAUUAUCUCUCUCUGAUGAACCAGCAACUUCCUAUCGAGAGCCAGUUUAUUUCCAAGCUGGCCGAUCAGUUGAAUGCAGAGAUUGUUCUCGGUACUGUUCAAAAUGCAAAGGAAGCCUGUCAUUGGCUUGGAUACACUUACUUGUUUGUCCGUAUGGUGAGGAAUCCUUCCCUAUAUGGUUUAGCACCGGAUGCCAUAACGAGUGAUAAAACAUUGGAGGAGAGGAGGGCUGAUUUGAUUCACACGGCUGCAACCAUCUUAGAUAGAAAUAAUUUGGUGAAGUAUGAUAGGAAGAGUGGAUAUUUUCAGGUCACCGACUUGGGUCGAAUUGCAAGUUACUACUACAUAACACACGGAACGAUAUCCACAUAUAAUGAGCAUUUGAAGCCUACUAUGGGGGAUAUAGAGCUUUGUCGAUUAUUCUCAUUGAGUGAAGAAUUCAAGUAUGUAACUGUAAGGCAAGAUGAGAAGAUGGAGCUCGCAAAGCUCUUAGACCGCGUUCCCAUUCCCAUCAAGGAAAGUCUGGAAGAGCCAAGUGCCAAGAUCAAUGUUUUACUGCAAGCUUACAUCUCACAAUUAAAGCUUGAAGGGCUCUCGAUGACAUCUGAUAUGGUGUUUAUAACUCAGAGUGCUGGACGUCUUUUGCGGGCUCUUUUUGAGAUUGUCCUGAAACGCGGCUGGGCACAAUUGGCUGAGAAGGCUUUGAACUUAUGCAAGAUGGUGACCAAGAGGAUGUGGAGUGUCCAAACUCCUCUUCGUCAGUUCAAUGGAAUUCCAAGUGAUAUAUUAAAAAGUUUGGAGAAGAAGGAUUUGGCUUGGGAAAGGUAUUAUGACCUGUCAUCACAAGAGAUAGGUGAGCUUAUGCAUGCACCGAAGAUGGGGAGGACCCUUCAUAAAUUUAUCCAUCAAUUUCCAAAGCUGAAUCUUGCAGCUCAUGUGCAGCCCAUUACUCGCACAGUUUUGGGGGUUGAGCUUACAAUUACUCCAGAUUUUGCAUGGGAUGACAGAAUACAUGGAUAUGUUGAGCCGUUCUGGGUGAUUGUGGAGGAUAAUGAUGGUGAAUAUAUCCUUCAUCACGAGUAUUUUUUGCUGAAAAAACAGUAUAUUGAGGAGGAUCACACUUUAAAUUUCACAGUGCCAAUAUAUGAGCCUCUUCCUCCUCAAUACUUCAUACGUGUUGUUUCUGAUAAAUGGCUGGGAUCCCAAACUGUUUUGCCAGUUUCUUUCAGGCAUCUAAUUUUACCUGAAAAGUAUCCUCCACCUACUGAACUAUUGGAUCUGCAACCACUGCCGGUUACUGCCCUGAGAAAUCCAUCCUAUGAAGCUCUUUAUCAGGAGUUUAAGCAUUUCAAUCCGGUGCAAACGCAGGUCUUCACAGUGUUGUAUAAUUCUGAUGACAAUGUUUUAGUUGCUGCUCCAACUGGGAGUGGCAAGACUAUAUGUGCAGAAUUUGCAAUUUUGAGGAAUCAUCAAAAAUUGCCUGAUAGUGUCAUGCGUGUUGUAUAUGUUGCACCCAUUGAAGCUCUUGCCAAGGAACGGUAUCGUGAUUGGGAGAAGAAGUUUGGGGGUGGUCUCAAGUUGAAGGUAGUGGAGUUAACAGGAGAAACUGCUACUGAUCUAAAACUGCUUGAGAAAGGUCAGGUUAUUAUUAGUACUCCAGAGAAAUGGGAUGCUUUGUCCCGCCGCUGGAAACAGAGGAAACCUGUUCAGCAAGUUAGUCUUUUUAUCAUUGAUGAGCUCCACUUAAUUGGAGGUCAAGGAGGUCCUAUUUUAGAGGUUAUUGUAUCCAGGAUGAGAUAUAUAGCUAGUCAGGUUGAAAACAAGAUUCGUAUUGUGGCUUUGUCAACAUCACUUGCAAAUGCAAAGGAUCUAGGAGAAUGGAUUGGAGCUACCUCCCAUGGCCUUUUCAAUUUCCCCCCUGGUGUUCGUCCUGUUCCAUUGGAAAUUCACAUUCAAGGUGUAGAUAUUGCUAAUUUUGAGGCUAGGAUGCAGGCAAUGACCAAACCAACUUACACUUCUAUUGCCCAACAUGCCAAGAAUGGGAAACCUGCUAUUGUAUUUGUCCCUACAAGAAAGCAUGUUCGACUGACAGCUGUGGAUUUGAUUACAUACUCAGGUGCAGACAGUAGCGAGAAGCCUUUUUUGCUGCGGUCUAAAGAUGAGCUUGAACCUUUUAUUAACAAGAUCAGCGAUGAAAUGUUGAAAGUCACCUUAAGUGAAGGUGUUGGUUAUUUGCACGAAGGCUUGAAUAGUCUUGACCAUGACAUCGUAGCGCAACUGUUUGAAGCUGGCUGGAUUCAGGUCUGCGUUUUAAGCAGUUCCAUGUGUUGGGGAGUGACACUGUCUGCUCAUUUGGUGGUUGUAAUGGGCACACAGUACUAUGAUGGGCGGGAGAAUGCUCAGACAGAUUACCCAGUUACCGAUUUGCUACAAAUGAUGGGUCAUGCUAGCCGUCCUUUGGUGGACAAUUCUGGAAUAUGCGUCAUCUUAUGCCAUGCACCACGUAAAGAGUACUACAAGAAGUUUCUUUAUGAAGCAUUCCCAGUUGAAAGCCAUCUUCAUCACUUCUUGCAUGACAACUUAAAUGCUGAAAUUGUUGCUGGGAUUAUUGAAAACAAGCAAGAUGCUGUAGAUUAUCUUACAUGGACAUUUAUGUACAGGAGGCUUACCCAGAAUCCUAAUUACUACAAUUUACAAGGAGUUAGUCAUAGACAUCUUUCUGACCACCUCUCAGAGAUGGUGGAAAAUACAUUGAGUGAAUUAGAAGCAAGCAAGUGUGUUGCUAUUGAGGAUGAUAUGGAUCUCUCUCCUCUUAACCUUGGAAUGAUUGCGUCAUAUUAUUACAUCAGUUACACAACAAUUGAAAGGUUUUCAUCAUCAUUGUCCUCAAAAACAAAAAUGAAGGGUCUGUUGGAGGUUCUAUCAUCUGCAUCAGAGUAUGCUCACCUUCCAAUACGACCCGGGGAAGAAGAGGUGGUUCGAAGGUUAAUCAACCACCAAAGGUUUUCCUUUGAAAACCCAAAAGUCACUGAUCCACAUGUUAAAGCAAAUGCUUUGCUGCAGGCCCAUUUCUCUAGGCAAUUUGUUGGUGGCAAUCUAUCAUUAGACCAGAGGGAGGUACUGCUUUCUGCAAACAGGCUGCUGCAGGCAAUGGUGGAUGUAAUAUCGAGCAAUGGUUGGCUUAGCAUGGCUCUUCUUGCUAUGGAAGUAAGUCAAAUGGUAACACAAGGAAUGUGGGAGCGAGAUUCUAUGCUGCUACAGCUUCCACACUUCACAAAGGAUUUGGCUAAGAAAUGCCAGGAGAACCCAGGGAGGAGUGUAGAAACUGUCUUUGAUUUAUUAGAGAUGGAAGAUGACGAGAGACGGGAAUUGUUGAACAUGACAGAUUCACAGCUUUUGGAUAUUGCUCGAUUUUGCAACCGUUUUCCUAAUAUUGAUUUGACAUACGAAAUCUUGGACAAUGACAAUGUGCGAGCUGGGGAUGAUGUAACACUACAGGUUACUCUGGAGCGGGAUCUCGAGGGCAAAACAGAAGUAGGACCGGUUGAUGCUCCUAGGUAUCCGAAAGCCAAGGAAGAAGGGUGGUGGCUUGUUGUUGGUGAUACCAAAACCAACAUGUUGCUUGCAAUUAAACGUGUGUCGUUGCAGCGUAAGUUGAAAGCCAAACUGGAGUUUGCUGCUCCUGCUGAUGCUGGAAAGAAAUCCUACGUCCUCUACUUCAUGUGCGAUUCUUACAUGGGUUGUGAUCAGGAGUAUGGUUUCACCCUUGAUGUUAAGGAAGAAGAUGGUGAUGAUGAAUGAAUGAAAAAGUAAUUUUUCUGAUUCUCUAGUCUAAUUUUUUUUUGCCUAGAUCUACAAUAUGUUCAAUGUUCAGUGCUUUUUGUAACACAUAUACUAGUAUGUUAAAUUUAUCUAUUUUUCUGACAAUUAAAAUGCUGCAUUUUAAAUUACACUAUACUUGAUCUUAUUUAAAAGCUUAAAUUAAUGAAAUGUUUGUCCUUUACAGUUUCAUGAAAGCUGCAAAUGAGAAAAGGAUAAUACUUCCAUGCUGAAGUUUUUAUUUUGUUCUGGUAAAGAAGUAAUUGCUGCUAGAAAUAGCAUAAGGAUGUAACACUGUAGGCUGAUUAUGGAAAAACUGUAACACUGGAACAUUUUUGUUCAAUUGUAAUGAUUAUGGAUUUAAUGGUAUCAAUUGUAAUGAUCAAAUCCUUAAUUUUCCCAUAUGGGGAUCCUGGAGAACUCGUUAUUAUGUCUCCAUACAUGCUUUUAUAUGGUUUUGGAGAUCUGCUGAACUUAGCUUUACUGUAGUUGUACAGAUGUUUAUAUUGCAGUUUGGUUAUCCAAGUUUAUUUUCCUAA